GCCAGCAAGUCACCCUCAUCCACGUGCUCGCCGGCUGACUGAUGAGCGGCUGGUGUGUCACCUUGGCGCCACAAGCGCCCUCCUCCCUAAUGAUGGCGCUGUGCCGCGCAGACGGCUAACUAGCCUCAGAGUGGAGCGAGCCCCCAGGCUAGUGCCACAUCUUUCCAUCAAGGCGCAAUCAAGCACUCAUUGCGGGUGAAAUCCUGCCAAGGAUUGCCAAUCAAAUGGCCAUGAAUUGAUUUCAGCCUCUGAAAAUCCACCACAGUUCUUUGGGGGAAAAGGAGACGCCGUUGUCGGCCUUAACCAGUCACAUGACCGCACAUGGGAUGAGGCAACUACAAAACUCCCGAGCCGAGCGUUGGCAUCACAAGUGAAGUGUUUGACGUUGGGCGAGGGGAUGAAUCAGAGAGGAGCCCGUGACCGUUUCUCCCAAAAUAUCCUGGAGGAGAAGUGAACAAAGGAGCCCACCUGCCGGGGGGGAGCACGAGCGCAACGCAGGAGGGCAACCAGAAAAAAAAACGGAGCACAUCAGAGACAUGGCGGCAAAUCCGAAGGCCCUGGCACGGGCUCACAGCGACGCCGGCGUCUGCCGUUCCCGAUAGAGCGCUGGCGCUGGCAGGGACAAGAGAGGCGGCGGCAGCGGCUGGAGAUUCGGUAAACUCUAGCACAGAGGAGAUAAGUGGACAAAAGAGGGCCUGGCGCUAAACGCCACGAGGGAGGAUAUAAAAGGAAGCACCAAAUACGCAGGCGGGCCGUCAGGCGCUAACAUGGGCAAGAUCAUCUUCUACGAAGGCCGUGACUUCCAGGGCCCGCAGUGGGAGUGCGGCGGCGACUGCGCCGAUACCUUGCGCCACUUGGGCCGCUGCAACUCCAUCCGGUCCAGCGGCGGUCACUGGGUGCUCUACGAGAAGGCCAACUUUGCCGGCUACCAGUACGUCCUGGGCCCCGGCGACUACCCCGACUUUGGCAGCUGGAUGGGCUUCAACGACCGCAUCCGUUCCUGCCAGAUGUUCCCGCCGUACAGGGGCUCGUACAAGUUGAAGCUGUUCCCCCGUCCCGACCUGUCGGGCCGAUCCACGGAGGUGACGGACGACUGCCCCGACGUGGCCUCGCGCUUGCGCCUGAGCGACGUCUACUCGUGCGACGUGGCCGAGGGCUUCUGGAUCAUGUACGAGCACCCCAACUACAGGGGGCGCCAGUUCGUCCUGCGCCCCGGCGAGUACCGGGCCUGCGGCGACUGGGGCAGCCAGCAGCCGGCGGUGGGCUCGCUGCGUCGGAUCAAAGCCCUCAAGGCCAACGAGUAAUAAAAGUCGCAGGCAUUUGCACAAAAACGCGCCUUUUGUCACGUUAUUUCGCCUCAUUUGAGAUUUUGGUCAUGCAACGCCCCCUGGAAUUAAGACUGCCCAAUCACAUCGCGGCACGCAGC